GAAAGAGAAAGUGAUUUGCCCAAGGUCACUCAGCUAAGUGAAGAAGCAGGAUUUGAACCCAGCCAGUCUGACUCCAGAGUCUGCUUCAAGGGGACACUGUGAGAAUUCAGUGAGAUUUAAAGACAUGAAAGGGACUUUAUAAAUUUAAGGAUUAAGACUAAUAAUCAAAUGAAAGAGGUGUGCCUGUUUGUCCACUGGUGCUCAGCUCCACAGAGGAAAGGGGCAGAAAAAUCCUCCUACCGUAUGCCAGAAACCACUUGGAAUUUAACAACCAGGACCUCAUUUUGUCCCCAUGGCAGCCCUACAGCCAGGCAUUAUUGUCCCAGGGAGGCUUAUCGAGGUUCAAGGAUCAACCCAAGUCACAUAACCAAAAAGUGAUGGAUUCUGGAGCAGAUGCCAGGGCUAGCGAUGCCAGAGCCUUUCUUUCCCCUUCCAGGGCACCAGGCUGCCCAACAGCAUGCAGCAGAAGGCUUGCCACGCUGGACUGGCCAAGGUCCAGGAACAUGACACAACCAAGGGCCUCUCCACCUUCUCUGAUCCCCUGUGCUCCACCAUCUGAGAAAGAUGCCCGGGACAGAGGAGCCACGUGGCAGCAGAGCAACAUUUCUGCCCAGAUCACAAGUGGGCAACGUCUGCAAAGCAGGCAGCAGCAAGGUGGGGGCAGCUAGCCACAAGCUCUGAGAAUCUCAGGCUCUGGCUGUGCAGUUGGGCCAGUGGGUCCAGGGAAACAAACAAGGACUUUGGAGUCAGGCAAGAUCUGGGCUUUGUAUUCCUGGUGGGAUGACCCUGGGCAAGUCACUUUAGCUUUUUUAGUCUCAUAAAGUAAGAAUCUAGCCUUAGGAAGAGGCUGCCAAUAUUAGAGUGGGAAGUGCCUGACACAUAAUAAGUGCUUAGAGAAUGGCAACCAUAUAUAUAUAUAUAUGUGUAUGUAUAUACAUAUACACAUAUACAUAUACAUAUACAUAUAUAUUUUUUUUGAGACAGGGUCUUGCUCUGUUGCCCAGGCUGGAGAGCAGUGGCAUGAUCUCAGCUCACUGUAACCUCUGCCUCCCAGUUUCGAGUGAUUCUUUUGCCUCAGCCUCUAGAGUAGCUGGGACUACAGGCACAUGCCACCAUGCCCGGCUAAUUUUUGUAUUUUUAGUAGAGACGGGAUUUUGCCAUGUUGGCCAGGCUGGUCUCGAACUCCUGACCUCAAAUGAUCCCCCUUCCUCAGCCUCCCAAAGUGCUGGGAUUACAGGCAUGAGCCACCGUGCCCGGCCGGCAACUAUCUUUUAUUAUAAUUCUGUGAGUUCUUCUCAGCAGACCUGGCCUUUCAGGAGUGGUAGGAAUCAGGCUGGGGAUAAGGAUUCUGAAGGACCUUAUUCCUGCAGGGGGCCCAGAACUGGAAUCAGAGGAGGAGGCCUCCUUCACUGGACAGUGGGCAAAGUCCUCCCAGCCCCCAGGGUCCUGGCUCCCUUCCCUGUAGCCUGCUUCUGGCUGACAACAGAAGCAGGGCCCCAAGGUUAGGCAAACAAGCUAGUGAUAAGGCACUUCCAGGUUGGGCCUUGCAUUCAAGGCCCACCCAGCUCUGGGGCUGGCUUCCUGGCUUAGCAAAAGCCCUAGUCUUUUGUGCACACAAGAGCGGGCACCAAUGGGGACACCUGCUGAUUGUGCACCUGGGGCCUUGGUGCCCUGGUACAGCCUGAGUUAAUGACCUUGUUUAUCCACUUGAGUCAUCCGAUAAGGGGCAGCUGAGUGAGCGGCAGGUGGCCCUGUGCCCUGCACCGGCCACUUCAUUGACUGAGGUGAUAUCAGCGCCACGUGGGGUUCCCAAUGCCCCCUCCCCCACCACUUCCCCACCAUUCCUGCCAGGGGCAAUGUCUGUGUGUUUUUUUUCAAUGAACAUGACUUCUGGAGUCAAGGUUGUUGGGCCAUUCCCCCCCUUCCACUCACUGGGAAUAUAAAUAGCACCCACAGCGCAGAACAGAGAGCCAGAGAGCUGGAAGUGAGAGCAGAUCCCUAACCAUGAGCACCAGCCAACCAGGGGCCUGCCCAUGCCAGGGAGCUGCAAGCCGCCCCGCCAUUCUCUACGCACUUCUGAGCUCCAGCCUCAGGGCUGUCCCCCGACCCCGUAGCCGCUGCCUAUGUAGGCAGCACCGGCCCGUCCAGCUAUGUGCACCUCAUCGCACCUGCCGGGAGGCCUUGGAUGUUCUGGCCAAGACAGUGGCCUUCCUCAGGAACCUGCCAUCCUUCUGGCAGCUGCCUCCCCAGGACCAGCGGCGGCUGCUGCAGGGUUGCUGGGGCCCCCUCUUCCUGCUUGGGUUGGCCCAAGAUGCUGUGACCUUUGAGGUGGCUGAGGCCCCGGUGCCCAGCAUACUCAAGAAGAUUCUGCUGGAGGAGCCCAGCAGCAGUGGAGGCAGUGGCCAACUGCCGGACAGACCCCAGCCCUCCCUGGCUUCGGUGCAGUGGCUUCAAUGCUGUCUGGAGUCCUUCUGGAGCCUGGAGCUUAGCCCCAAGGAAUAUGCCUGCCUGAAAGGGACCAUCCUCUUCAACCCCGAUGUGCCAGGCCUCCAAGCCGCCUCCCACAUUGGGCACCUGCAGCAGGAGGCUCACUGGGCGCUGUGUGAAGUCCUGGAACCCUGGUGCCCAGCAGCCCAAGGCCGCCUGACCCGUGUCCUCCUCACGGCCUCCACCCUCAAGUCCAUUCCGACCAGCCUGCUUGGGGACCUUUUCUUUCGCCCUAUCAUUGGAGAUGUUGACAUCGCUAGCCUUCUUGGGGACAUGCUUUUGCUCAGGUGACCUGUUCCAGCCCAGGCAGAGAUCAGGUGGGCAGAGGCUGGCAGUGCUGAUUCAGCCUGGCCAUCCCCAGAGGUGACCCAAUGUUCCUGGAGGGGGCAAGGCUGUAUAGACAGCACUUGGCUCCUUAGGAACAGCCCUUCACUCACCCCACAUUGGACUUCCUUGGUUUGGACACAGUGCUCCAGCUGCCUGGCAGGCUUUUGGUGGUCCCCACAGCCUCUGGGCCAAGACUCCUGUCCCUUCUUGGGAUGGGAAUGAAAGCUUAGGCUGCUGCUUAUUGGACCAGAAGUCCUACCGACUUUAUACAGAACUGAAUUAAGUUAUUGAUUUUUGUAAUAAAAGGUAUGAAACAC